UAUCAAAUAUGGAUAAUAAUGAAUAUCUAAAUCAACCAGAACAACAACCAGCGCCCAUUAUUAAAAAUAAUUCAUUUUUACACCGUUAUGAUGAUAAUGAUUUUAAAUCAUCAACAGUAAUUAUACCACAAAAAACAACUGCUACUACUACCACAACCACAGAAUCAAAUAUAUCUACCACCAACGCCAAUAACAUUGAUAAUACUUCUACUAUAUCGACAACAAUCGAUGAAUACAAGUCGGCGGCUAUGGAUAAUCAACAACCAGAAAAAUUGCAAUCAUUUUCAACAUCAGCUGAUUUUCAACAACAAUAUUCAUCAUUAUCAUCAUUAUCAUCAUCAUCACAACGUUCAUCGAUGCAUUCAGAUCAUCAACAACAACAAUCUGAACAACAACACUAUUUUGACAUUGAUAAUGAUAAUGUUCGAAACAGAAUUAAUGAUGAUGAUGAUGAAAAGCUUCAAAAACAAUUUGAUGGAUUACAAAUGAUUGAUAGAAUGUUAAGAAAUAAUAAUAAUGAUAAUGCUGGUGAUCCAACAACAACAACAACGAUUCAAAUUGGUGGAACUGAUAAUAAAGAUGUGAUUGGAAUCACCGAUUCAACAAAUAACAAUGAUGAUGAUGAUCUAAGUAAAGAUAAUAAAAAUCGACAGAGUUUUAUCAGUACAGAAUCAACUGAAUCAACAUCAUCAAAUGAAUCAACAACAACAACAUUUUCCUAUUCAAUUGAAUCGAAUAAAUGUAUUUCGAUUCCGAAAUCUAAUGAUAAUAUGGAUGGUAAUGUUGAUGGUGGUGGUGGCGGUGGCCAAGAUCAAUCAACAACGGAUUCAUCAGCGGCUUUACCAACAACAUCAACGGAAAAAUCAUUAUCAAAGCAGUUAUCAUCCGAAUCAUUAUCAUCAGGUAGAAAAGCAAAAAAAUCUAAACAAAAAAAAUAUAGUAGUAGUCUUCGUGAACAACCAAAUGAAAUAACAAGACCACUUUUAAAUGCAACAACAAUAUUAACUGAUGCAACUGGUCAUGCUAAUGGACAAAUUCUAUCAAAUCCAUCAUUACGUGAAAAUUUAAGUUCAUUACCAAAAUCAACACCAAAUGGUAAUAAACCAGAUAAACGUUAUUAUUGUGUACAUGAACUAUAUACAACUGAACGUGAUUAUGUUGAUGUUUUAAUAAUGUUAACGGAAGAAUUUCCAAAAGCAAUUGAAACACAUGUUACACCAAAAUGGUUAUCAACAUUUUUUCGUCCAUUAAAUCAGGUUACACCGAUUAAUAAACAUUUAUUAAAAGAAUUGAAACAAAGAAUUCUGAUUGAUUGGGAUGAUGAACCGAAAAUUUCUGAUAUUAUCAUUCGAAUAUGUCCAUAUUUGAAAGAAUAUUCAAUUUAUAUUCGUGAAUUUGAUCGUAUAAAUUUUAUGUUGGAUGAUCAAAUUCAAUCAAAUUUUGAUUUUGAACAAUCAUUACGUUUAUUUGAAAAUAAUGAUCGUUGUCGAAAAUUAUCAAUCAAAUCAUAUCUAUUGAAACCAAUACAACGUUUACCACAAUAUAAUCUUAUGUUAAAACAAUAUGCAAAAUUAUUAGAUCCUGUUGUUGAUCAUGAUGAAUAUGAAGGUACACAAGAAGCAAUACGUAUUGUUAGUGAAGUAGUUGAACAUAUGGAACAUGAAUCACGUAUGCAAGAACAAUCAUUAACAUUAAAUGAAUUACGUAAUCGUAUUAUAUUAACAAAACCAACAAAAAUUAUUAUACCUGGUCGUGAAUUAAUACGUCGUGGUUAUUUGGAUAAAGUUAGCCGUAAAGAAGUACAUGUUCGUCAUUUUAUAUUGUUUAACGAUGUUUUAUUUUAUCUAACACCAGUUAUGAAUGGAAUGUAUAAAUUAAAAGAAGAAUUACCAUUAUUAGGUAUGCAAGUUGAAGUGACACAAAAUUUGCCAUGUGAAUUUAUUGUUCGUUCAGUAAAACGAUCGUUUGCUUUGUUUGCACAUGAUGAAAAAGAACGUGAAGAAUGGGUACGUGAUCUACGAAAAGCUAUUGCUGAUCAUACGGAAAAACAUUUAUCAUUUAAAAAUCGAAAUUCCGUUUCCGAAAUGCUAAACAGCCAACAUAAUUCAAUGGAAUUAAUUAAUCAAUCAAUAACAUCAUCAUCACCACAAUCAACUUUAUCCAAACCAAGUAAUGAUCAACGAUUAUCAAUAUUAUCUAUUGGUGAAUCAGAUUAUGAUUAUCCUGUUGCAAGUACUUCAACUUCUGCAAUUGAAAUAUCUUCAAAACCACGUUUAGGUGAUUUAGCUCCUGUUUGGUUACAUGAUAAUUAUGUUACAAUGUGUCAUCUUUGUACUGAACCAUUUACAAUAUUAAAUCGUCGUCAUCAUUGUCGUGCUUGUGGACAAAUAUUUUGUGCUAAUUGUAGUUCACAUCAAUUUCCACUAAAAUAUUUAGAAUAUAAACCUGAUCGUGUUUGUGAUUUUUGUUAUGAAGAGCUUAAAUCAAUGCAAAAUCCAUUAUUAUCAUCACCACCACGUAUUAAUAGUAUGUUUGUUAAUCACCAACAACAAACCGAUGUUAAUUCAGAUUAUCAUGAUUAUGCUAAUAUUGAAUCAACAUCAACAACAACACCACAAAUAUCCAUAGUAUCAAUUUCACCACAAAAUUCAAUCAAAAGUAAUAGUUCCAAUAGUACAACUUCAACAUCAGGAAUAUCAUCUGGUGGUAAUAGUAAUGGAGGAAUAUUAAAAAAUUUAACACGUAAAAAUCGAUCAAAUUCUUGUCAUGAAUUACGAAAUAAUCAGAUAAAAAUAACAGCAAAUCAAUUAUCAUCAACAUCAACAUUAUCACAUCAAUCAUCAACAUUAUUGAUUGGUGGUGGUGGUGUUAAUAAUAAUAAUAAUAAUAAUCAUCCACAUUUACAACAACAAUUAUUAUUACGUAAUAAUAAUAUACGUCUUAGUUCACGUUUACUUAAAAAUAAAAAUGUAUCAUCAGUAUUGGUUGAAGUAAAAGCAAAUGAUACAAAUGCAUUAAUAUCCGGUUGGCUGCAACGUUAUGCACAGAAAAAAGGUUGGAAACGUUAUUGGUUUGUAAUAAAAAAUAUGGUACUUUAUACAUUUAAAGCAUCGGAAGAUGUUCGUGCAUUAGAAUCAUUACCAUUACCAAGUUAUGAUGUAACAGUAUCGAAUGAAUCGAUAAAAGGUUAUUCAGCAAAAUCAAUAAUUAAAUUAUCACAUCGUUGUCAACCGACUAUUUAUUUUUAUGUUGAACAAAAAGAGCUUUUUAAACGUUGGUUCGAAUGUUUUAAACAAUCAACAUUAUUACAGCCACCACCACCAUCAUCACCAUUAUCAACAAUGACAUCAUCAUCAUCAACAUCAUUGGAAACAUCACGAAGACCAGAAUCUGGAUAAAGAAAAAUCACACAAACACACACACGAAGAUACAAUUCUCAUUCAUUUAACAUUCUAAGUCAUAUUCAUUUCAUUAUUGCGGACAUUUUUUCAAUCA